AUGCUGACCAUCUCGCUCCGCCACCAGGGCAAGCCGCCCGGCGCGCCGCUGCGCCUGCCCGCCACCACGGCGCUCGCCGACGUGCACACGGCCAUCCUCGCGCACCUCUCCCUCCCGCCGGACACGUCUCUGCGCCUGCUCUCGCGCGGCCGUCUGCUGACGGACGCGCGCCCUCUAGCGUCGCUGCCGUCGCCGUGCACGCUGUACGUGCUCUCGACGUCUUCGUCGGCCAUCUCCUCCGUGCGCGCCGCACGGCCGGACCCGCUGGUGCGCCCGUUCUCGCGCCCGUCGCCGCGGUACGUCGCAGCGCCGCGCGCGACGCCCCGCGCGUCCGCCUCGGUCGCGUCCGCCUCGGCCGCCUUCGGCUUCGGCCGCACCGAGGCGCUGCCGGGCUUCGCGGACCACGCCCGCGCCGCCGCCAUCCUGGAGCAGCUGGCGACCGACCGCGGCUUCCUCGACGUCAUGAAGCGGAAGGGAUGGCGCGUCGGUGCGCUCAAGGAGAUGCCGCCCGAGGGCAAGGUCGGCGUCGACCCCGUGUGCGUCCUCGGGUACAACACUGGAAAGGGCAUGGAGAUUCACCUCCGCUUGCGCACGGACGAUAGAAUGGGGUUCAGGCCGAUGAGAAUGAUCCGCCAGGUUCUCGCGCAUGAGCUCGCUCAUAACGUCUUCAGCGAGCAUGAUGAUAGGUUUAAAGAGCUCAUGAGGUGGAUUGAGAGGGAGGCGGGGAAGAUGGAUUGGAGGUCCGGGGGGGAUACCGUCGCAGGUGGAAGGCAUCACGAGAGGGUCGAGGGGGUUGAUCCGUUGCAAGAGGCCACGGUGGACGUGGGAGCGACCACGCUUGGGUUUGUGGGAAGACUUGGGUCGUCGGAAGGAGCACAUUCAGCUCCGGCUGCGCGUUCUGUGGUUGGUGUUGCUGGAAAUGGCUUUGGUCGAGAUGACGUCGAAAUGACAGAACAAGAAGCCAAUAUACGACAGUCGUCGACACAUGAUAUGAUGUCCGGGCAAAGCCAGGAGUUGAGAGCUGUGAAGAGAGACAUUCAAGCGAAAGACGAGGUUUUGCAGCCAAUCGACAAGGACGCACCUGAUCAAAAUUGCAAACCCGCAUCCUCUCCUGUCAUGCCGCCCAAGGUUGAACCCCAGUCCGACGCAGCAGCUUCAUCGUCCUAUAAGCCGCACAUGCAAGAAGCACGCGCCCUGAGCGCCCCAAAGCCUGUAACAGCUGCGGUGGACCAACUGACUGCCCUAGGUUUCAAUCGCGGUCUGGCAACACUCGCCCUUCGCGAGAAUGGCCUCAACGCUAGCCGCGCAGCAAACUGGCUUUUUUCGAUGACGCCCUCCGCGUCCGAAGAGGAAACUGCCGGCGAAAGCGAACACAACGAAGAAGUAGACCAUGCAAAAAGGGCUUUGCGACGUCUGUGUGCCUCGGGGCUGCCAGCUGAGCAGUUACGAUCCGUGUUGGAUGCAUUGCAUCUCUACCUGAGCAAUGCAUUGAGAAACCCAAAGGCGGAGCGCUUCUCAAAGAUUAACGCCACCAAUGCGGGCUUUCAGCGCCGCGUAGGGGCGCACGGAGAGGCAACGGCGGUGCUAGAGGCCGCUGGCUUUCGGCUGGAUGGUGGAGCCUGGAAAUAUGAGGACAGGGAUUCCGGGCGUUUGUGGGUUACGAAGAAUAUCGUGCAGGAUAGACUUGUCAAGGAGCUGACACGGUAACGUUCAUAUGUAGAUUAGAUUUUUUGUUCCGAUACUGCUGGCGGAAAUGCUCUGGCGCGACACACUUGUAAACCUAUUCUAUGUA